GCCCCUCUCUCACUCUCCUUCUCUCUCAUUUGCUCACAUUUUCCCACUUUCCCUACCAGGCUUCACACACACUGCAGGAUGUCGAUAGUGAUCAUUGUUGCCAGGGAGAUCCUGGACUCCAGGGGGAACCCCACAGUGGAAGUGGACCUGCACACUGACAAAGGUGUCUUCAGGGCAGCUGUGCCUAGCGGAGCGUCUACUGGCAUCUAUGAAGCCCUGGAGCUGAGAGACGGAGACAAGAGCCGCUACAAGGGCAAAGGUGUGCUCAAGGCUGUUGGUCACAUCAAUGACACCAUCGGUCCUGCCCUCAUCCAGUCGGAGGUCAGUGUGGUAGAACAGGAGAAAUUGGACAAGAUGAUGAUAGAGAUGGACGGCACUGAGAACAAGUCUCAGUUUGGGGCCAAUGCUAUUCUGGGUGUGUCCUUGGCCAUAUGCAAAGCUGGUGCUGCAGAGAAAGGUGUCCCCCUGUACCGUCACAUUGCUGACCUGGCAGGAAACACAGAGUUAGUGCUUCCAGUUCCUGCAUUUAACGUCAUCAACGGGGGCUCUCAUGCGGGCAACAAGCUGGCCAUGCAGGAGUUCAUGGUACUUCCUGUAGGGGCGGAGUCUUUCAGGGACGCUGUGCGUGUGGGGGCGGAGCUGUACCAGACGCUGAGGGAAGUGAUCAAGGAGAAGUAUGGCCAGAACGCCACCAACGUGGGGGACGAGGGGGGGUUCGCCCCAAACAUACUGGAGAACACUGAAGCCCUGGAGCUCAUCAAGACAGCCAUUGAGAAGGCAGGUUUCACAGACAAGGUGGUGAUCGGGAUGGACGUGGCAGCCUCUGAGUUCUACAAAGAGGGCAAGUACGACCUGGACUUCAAGUCUCCGCCCAACGCAGACCGCCACAUCAGCGCCCAAGAGCUCUGCGACAUGUACCAGGGCUUCGUCAAUGACUACCCAGUGGUGUCCAUUGAGGAUCCGUUUGACCAGGAUGACUGGCCGGCCUGGUCCCAGAUGACAGCCUCCGUGGGUAUCCAGGUGGUGGGGGACGACCUGACCGUCACCAACCCCAAGAGGAUAGAGCGCGCCCUGGAGGAGAGGGCCUGCAACUGCCUGCUGCUCAAAGUCAACCAGAUCGGCUCUGUCACCGAAGCCAUUCAGGCGUGUAAGUUGGCUCAGGAAAAUGGCUGGGGGGUGAUGGUGAGCCACCGCUCAGGUGAGACAGAGGACACCUUCAUUGCUGAUCUGGUGGUGGGCCUCUGCACUGGACAAAUCAAGGCUGGAGCUCCCUGUCGAUCAGAGCGGCUGGCCAAAUACAAUCAGCUCAUGAGGAUUGAGGAGGAGUUAGGGGAUCAGGCUCGCUUCGCAGGGCACAACUUCCGGAACCCCGCCGCCCUCUAAGACUCCUCUGGGCUGACAGACACUGACACAGAAUCACAGACAUACAUCACAUCACUGCAGGGCACAGACAGACAGACUGACAUAGAUGGACAGACACAGAUGUACACAGACAGAUAUACAUAAAUACCCACAAUGAAUCCGACAGACAGACGGACGGACGGACGGACGGACGGACGGACGGACGGACGGACGGACGGACGGACGGACGGACAGAUAGAUAGAUAGAUAGAUAGAUAGAUA